UCCGGUCCGGUCCCGCCAUGGGCUCCCUGCUGAGCCGGCGCAUCGCGGGCGUGGAGGACAUCGACAUCCAGGCCAACUCGGCCUAUCGCUACCCGCCCAAGUCCGGAAACUACUUUGCAAGUCACUUUUUCAUGGGAGGUGAGAAGUUUGAUACCCCACAUCCCGAGGGUUACCUCUUUGGGGAGAACAUGGAUUUAAACUUCCUGGGGAACAGACCUGUUCAGUUUCCCUAUGUCACACCAGCCCCACAUGAGCCUGUGAAGACGCUGAGAAGUUUGGUGAAUAUCCGCAAAGAUUCUCUACGUCUUGUGAGGUAUAAAGAUGACCUAGACAGUCCUACUGAGGAGAACGGGAAGCAGAAAGUCCUGUACAGCCUAGAAUUCACCUUUGAUGCUGAUGCCCGUGUUGCCAUCACAAUCUACUGCCAGGCUACAGAGGAAUUCAUCAGUGGCAUGGCAGUAUACAGCACAAAGAAUCCUUCUCUGCAGUCAGAGACUGUUCAUUACAAGAGAGGGGUGAGCCAGCAAUUCUCCCUGCCUUCCUUCAAGAUUGAUUUCUCAGACUGGAAGGACGAUGAGUUGAACUUUGAUUUGGAUCGUGGCGUGUUCCCUGUGGUGAUCCAAGCCGUAGUGGAUGAAGGGGAUGUGGUGGUUGAAGUUACUGGCCAUGCUCAUGUCCUCCUGGCUGCAUUUGAAAAGCACGUGGAUGGCAGCUUCUCUGUGAAGCCUUUAAAACAGAAGCAGAUUGUGGAUCGGGUGAGUUACCUGCUUCAGGAGAUCUAUGGCAUCGAGAAUAAAAACAACCAGGAGACAAAGCCUUCCGACGAUGAGAACAGUGACAAUAGCAACGAGUGCGUGGUGUGCCUGUCCGACCUGCGAGACACCCUCAUCCUGCCCUGCAGGCACCUGUGCUUGUGCAAUUCCUGUGCAGACACCCUGCGCUACCAGGCCAACAACUGCCCCAUCUGCAGGCUGCCCUUCCGCGCCCUGCUGCAGAUCCGAGCCGUGAGGAAGAAGCCUGGGGCUCUGUCGCCCGUCCUGGCCCAGACCAUGGACCAUGAUGAGCACUCUAGCUCCGACAACAUCCCUCCAGGAUAUGAGCCCAUUUCGCUGCUGGAAGCAUUGAAUGGCCUCCGCUCCAUCUCCCCAUCCGUCCCUUCCGCUCCUCUGUACGAGGAAAUCAGUUACACCGGCGUGGUGGAUGGGCUGCCCCCUGCCGGCCGCCCGCUAGCCGGGAUUGACAGAGCCAUGGAGAGUGGCCCUCAAAAGAGCAAGCGGAGCAAAUCUCCAGACAGUGCGUUACGAUCUCCUUCGUCUCCAAUCCACGAAGAGGAUGAGGAGAAGCUCUCUGAGGACUCGGACUCCCAGCCAGCGCUGAGCGGGGCCGAGCUGGUGCUGAGGGAGAACAGCUCUCCUGGAAGCAUGGUGGCUGAAGAAAUCGAGGAGAUCUCGUCCCUGCAGCAAGGUACCCGCCUGCCCUCCAUGGAAGACAUCCUGCCGGAGAGCAGCUGCAGCGAGCACAGGAGCCUUACGCAGUCGGAGAGCGACCCCCCAGUCGAUGUGUACCUGCCAGCACUGGGUCCCGAUUCCUGCUCUAUUGGGAUAGAGGAGUAA